AUGGUGGAUAAUGAACAAUUUCCGUUGAUUAUCAAAAAUGUCACCGAAGAAGAAGACACGACAAUCAAAAAAUAUUACAAAGGUUAUGUACGCCCCUUCGUUCGAAUCGGGCCCCACGGCUACCUCUGGCCCGCUGGGUACGCAGAUCAUGCUGCGGAAAUUCACAAGUUAGACGUUCGACCUGACGACAUAUGGGUAACAAGCUUUUCGCGAUCAGGCACUACGUGGCUUCAAGAGUUAGUGUGGCUAGUCAAGAAUGAUCUUGACUUUGAAACGGCAUCUAAUGUCCCAGUUUCGAAACGUUACGCUUUUCUCGAAUACCCAACCCUAUCCUCAGAAGUUAAGAAAGAAACUCCAAAUCCCAACUUCGAGAAUCGCAAAGCUACUGAGGAGGACUUUAGGAGCUUGCCCCAGCUGCCUUCGCCGCGUUAUAUAAAAUCCCACGUGCCACUGUCACUUCUACCACCAAAAUUGCUGGACGUUGCAAAGGUCUUCUAUAUCGCCCGAGAUCCUCGAGAUGUGGCAGUUUCUUACCACUUCAUGCACAUUCUAUUCCGAUACUUUGAUCAAGGUGUUCAAUUCAAGGAAUUUUGGGAACUCUUUAGAAACAACUUAAUUUUUCACUUGCCACUGGAGGAACAAGUAAGAGAAGCUUGGGAGCAACGUAACCGUCCCAACAUGAUGUUUGUGUUAUACGAAGAAAUGCAGAAAGAUCUCGCUGGUGUUAUAAACAAAGUAUGUUCAUUUCUUGGUAAGGAAUAUACGGAAGAGAAGAAAAAGGAAUUGACUCAGUUUCUACAAUUUGAAAAUAUGAACAAGAAACCAACCUAUUCGGUUGACAAAGAAAAGAACCCUGAGCUGAAGUUCAUGCGCAAAGGCAAAUCUGGCAAUUGGGUUCAAUAUUUCGACGAUCAAAUGACGAAAGAAGCUGAGCAGUACAUGAGCAAAUAUCUCGAGUGCACGAAGUUACCUUUUUCCAAUAUGAAUAAU